AUGUCUGCCAGCCGCACCCCCCUCCUCAACUUCCUCCCCCUGGGCCCCGUCACCUCGGCCUCCUUUCCCAAAGCCCAGCAGACCAAACCCGCUGAGCCCGCUACUGCUGCUGCUGCUGCCCAAUCCGCCGCCGAGCACAAGCGGCGCAGCUCGUCCCUCAGCAGCGACGGCAAGUCCUCCGGCUACCGCGUCCUGAAGGUCGCCCCUGUCCACUUUGGUGAGCACGCCGGCGACCACAAGGACGACUGGCACGAGGUUGAGGUCGCUGUCGAGUGA